UCUUCGAUCUACCUUUCAGCAAAUUAUUUAUUCGAAUCCUAAUUGAUUCGCAGAAAAAGUAAAGAAAAAAAUGUAUAUUAAUUUGGAAAUUCUUUGUGGAAUAGUGAUAACACUUAUCGCGUUGUAUUGUUACUUAACGUUCGAUAACAAUUUUUGGAAAAAUCGUGGAGUGAUUGGACCAAAACCCGUGCUGGGAUUCGGCAAUGUGAAAGAUGUAAUAUUUGGAAAGGAAUCGCUGUCACAAUUUCUCACAAGGAUGUACAACGAAUAUAAGAACGAGCCGAUGAUUGGGAUAUUUUCAAAAAGGACACCUAUUUUAAUUAUUAAGGAUCCAGAUCUUAUAAAGACUAUCUUGAUCAAAGAUUUUCCCAAGUUUGCGAAUCGGGGAUUAUUUCCAAUUUUUUCACGAGAUCCGCUGACUCAUCAUCUCUUCAAUCUAGAAGUUGAAAGAUGGAAGCCGUUGAGAACACAAUUCACGCCGUUAUUUACCGCCAGUAAACUUAAAGAAAUGUUCUCCCUGAUUCUCGAAUGCGCCGACCAACUGGAAAAUUACAUGGACACGUUGAUAAAGAAAGGGGAGCCCAUCGAUGUUAGAGAAGUUUCAGCCAGAUUCACCACCGAUGUCGUUGGAAGUUGCGCUUUCGGGAUAGAGAUGAACUCCCUUUCGGAAAAAGAGAGCAUAUUCCGUCGAUUAGGGAAGUUAAUCUUCGCCACGACAUUGCGAAAGAUAUUGAGCCUUAGGAUGCAAGAUAUGUUCCCAUGGUUGUACAAUUUAUUCCUUUCUAUAUUCCCACGGGACGAGAAAACGAGGAUCAUCACGAAACUAAUGAUCGAUACAAUGAAGUACAGAGAAGAGAACAAUGUUUUCAGGCCUGACUUUAUAAAUAUGCUUUUAGACCUCAAGAAACAUCCAGAAAAGAUUGAUAUCGAGUUAACGAACGAUUUAUUAUCGGCGCAAAUUUUCAUUUUCUUCGCUGCCGGUUUCGAAACUUCUUCGUCAACGAUUAGCAAUGCUCUUUACGAAUUAGCUUUGAAUCCCGAUAUCCAGGACAAGUUACGAAAAGAAAUCAAAAAGUUCGAAGUGGAAAAUAAUGGAGAAUGGAAAUAUGAGAUCAUAAGAAUGGAGUACUUGGAGAAAGUUUUUCAAGAAACUCUGAGAAAAUAUCCAGCCUUGCCAAUUCUGAGCAGAAAGUUAAUAAACGAUUAUACCUUCGAAAAUAGUAAAAUAACAGUUCCCAAAGAUUUAAAGAUCUGGAUACCGAUUUAUGGCAUUCACCACGAUCCAGAUAUAUAUUUAAAUCCGGAAAAGUUCGAUCCUGAAAGAUUUUCGAAGGAGGAGAUAAAGAAAAGGCAUCCUAUGCAUUUCUUGUCUUUUGGACACGGACCAAGAAAUUGCAUUGGUGCACGAUUUGCGGUAUACCAAACAAAGAUUGGAUUAAUAAAGAUUCUUCGUAAUUUCGAGGUCCACGUUUGCAAUAAAACAUUAAUUCCUUACAAAGUUAAUCCGUAUACGGCUCUUUUAGUACCAAUAACGGGUUUAUACUUGAAUGUAGUUAAGUUGAAAAAUUAAUAUCUUUUUCCCCUUUUUUUUUUUUUUUUUUUUUAUAUAAAAUAUUUUACUUUAUAUUUACGUAAUAAUGGAAUAUGUAAUUACAUAUAAUUCUAUGUUUAGAUCUUAUAGAUAUUUAUUCGGAAGAAUUUUAUUU